UACCGUGGCUGGCAGGGCCGCUCUUCCGGACGGCGUGGAGGCGUGAGGGGGACAGGGCGAGUCUCGCCAUGAAUUCGGAGCAGCCUCGGCAGCCGGGCGCCGAGGAGGAUGACUUCGGGUACGGCCUGUUUCCGGAGCGACGCCGCGGAGAGGGGAAGAAGGAACGGUCAUUCCUCUAUAGAAGAAUUUUCACGUUAAACAAAAGGUGUAUAUGUAUGCUGAAGGUCGCCCUGGAGCAGAAUCCAUAUGCAAAACUGUUGCUUGAGGCUAUGAAGAAUUCUGGCUGCACUGCUUUCAAAGACCGACAUUUUUCAUGUGAAGAUUGUGCUGGGUGUGUCAGUGGAGGAUUUGAUUCGUCAACCUCACAGAUUGUUCUGUGCCAAAACAAUAUUCAUUAUCAGGCUCAUAUGAACAGAGUGGUCACACAUGAACUUAUCCAUGCAUUCGAUCAUUGCCGUGCGCACGUGGACUGGUUCAAUAACGUCAAGCAUUUAGCUUGUUCAGAGAUUCGAGCUGCUAAUCUCAGUGGAGAUUGCUCCCUCAAAAAUGAAAUGGCCCGAUUUAAAUUUGGAUUAAAACAGCAUCAUCAAACUUGUGUAAGAGACAGAGCCAUUCGCUCCAUAUUGGCUGUUAGAAAAGUCAGCAAAGAGAUGGCAGAGCAAGCUGUGGAUGAAGUCUUUGAAUCCUGUUUCAAUGAUCACGAACCAUUUGACAGAGUGCCUCACAACAAAUCAGAUGCAAACUAUGCAUAUAGACAGUUCCAGAACCGUGAACGAUACUAUACAAAUUUAUAGACUGUUCAUCUCUAGCGCAAACUGCAUCAUUUGAGGACAAUUUGCAGAAGAUGAACUGUGAAGAGAACUGGAGUCCAUGAGCAGGGAAUACCCAUGUUGUUUAAUUCCUGUCUUGCGUUUCAUUCGGCAUAACAUUUGCUGUAGCAUUUUUUUCAAUUAUAACAAAGUUAUAAAUGAGAAUUCUACUAGUAA